AUGGCUACUGCUCAGAGUGACUUCAAGAGAGCCGAAGAAGACCAGGUCUCGCACGCGGAAUGGCUCGUCAACGCCCGAGAUGCCACUGCCCGUGAGCACGACAUGGGCAUUAGAAAUGCCCUCAAGCGGUACCCCAAGGCCGCGCUAUGGAGUCUUGCCAUGUCCAGUACUAUUAUCAUGGAAGGCUAUGAUACAAUGCUAAUGGGAAACUUCUUCGCUCAGCCGGCUUUCAAGACUCACUAUGGCCAGCGGACGGCGAAAGGCAAAUACGAGAUCCCGGCUCCGUGGCAGGCUGGCCUUAACAAUAGUUCGUCUUGCGGUCAACUCAUCGGUCUCCUACUUGCUGGACAUAUUAGUGAGAGGUUCGGGUUCCGGAAGACGAUGCUUGGCGGUCUUGCCCUCGCAAGUGCUUUUAUCUUCCUCCAGUUCUUUGCGCCGAGCCUUGAGAUCCUCCUCGUUGCUCAGAUUCUCUUCGGUAUUCCCCUUGGUCUGUUUCAGACAGUACCAAUAGUAUAUGCUGCCGAGAUCGCGCCAGUAUCUCUAAGGCCAUACUUGACGAACUACAUCAACUUCUGCUGGGCGAUUGGACAUCUCAUCGGUUCUGGUAUCCUUCGCGGCUCCCUCCAAAUCGAUGGUCGAUGGGCUUAUAGAGUUCCCUUCGCUCUCCAGUGGUUCUGGCCGCUGGUUCUGAUUCCUACGCUCUUCUUCGCCCCUGAAAAUCCUUGGUGGCUAGUCCGCCAGGGCAGAUUGGCUGAGGCCAAGGACGUCCUUGCCGAUAUCUCCUACGGAGAGACCGACGAAGAUAAUGACAAGAGUAUUGCCCUGAUGGUCGUCACUACGGAACACGAGAGAUACAUCAACGCCAACACGACCUAUAUUGCGUGCUUCAAGGGCACAGAUCUCAAGCGGACACUUACUGCUAUGGGUGUGUAUUGUGUACAGACCUUGAGCGGCAACCCUCUACGAAGCUCUUCGACAUACUUCAUGGUCCAGGCUGGGUUCUCAAGUACACGGGCUUUUGACAUGACUAUCGUCAACUACGCCUUGGCCCUUAUUGGCGGUUUCGUUUCAUGGGGCCUAUUGCCGCUCUUCGGGAGAAGACCGACGUAUUUCUGGACUCUAGUGAUGAUGCUGGCCCUUCUAAUUAUCAUCGGUAGCCUGGGCGUUGCCCAGAUACAUUCAACAAACACAGCCUACUCCUGGACCGUCGCCGUGGCUCUUAUGAUCUCCUCUUUCCUAUACAACGCCGGCAUGGGACCAUUGACAAACACUAUCUGUAGCGAGGUCCCCUCCGGCUUGCUACGUAGCAAGACCGUGGUCCUAGCACGCUGGACGUAUACGGCACUAAACGUCAUCGCCAACACCUUUACGCCUUACCAAUUGAACCCAACAGCUUGGAACUGGGGCGCGAAGACUGGAUUUUUCUGGGCUGGAGGUUGUCUCAUCUCGGUUGUCUUCGCUUUCCUGUAUGUACCCGAGACCAAGGACAGGACAGCAGCCGAGGUGGACAUCAUGUUUGAGCGACGAGUCUCUCCUCGCCGCUUCAAGGAGACAGCAGUCGACCUCGUUGAAGCUAUUGAUGGGAAGGAAAUCGAUGUGAAGCUUAUCGAAAAGUUUUGGUUCGUUCGGCGGAUCGUCUGCUCGCGCACUCGCGCGCCCGGCCUCGCAGAGCCGCGCCCGAAAUUGUCACCUGUGCCGGACUAG